AUGCAGGUUGGUUUCCUCCUUUCGACAUGUGCAUUCCUUUUAGUGAGCUAUAUUCACGCAACAAAAGAUCCAAAUUCAGCACCUAAUCGUCAUACUGCUGUUCAUUUAUUUGAAUGGAAAUGGACAGAUAUUGCUAAUGAAUGUGAACGAUUUCUUGGACCUCAUGGAUAUUCAGGCGUUCAAGUUUCACCACCUAAUGAACAUGCACUUAUCCAAAAUCGUCCAUGGUAUGAACGUUAUCAACCUGUAAGUUAUAAAUUACAAUCACGAAGUGGAACUGAAGCAGAAUUUAUUGAUAUGGUUAAUCGAUGUAAUAAUGCUGGUGUUCGUAUCUAUGUUGAUGCUGUUAUCAAUCAUAUGGCAGCCGGUGGAAAUAAAGGUUCAGCAGGUAGUUCAUACAAUCCAGGAUCAAAAGAUUUCCCCACCGUACCAUUUAGUGCUUGGGAUUUUGGUGAUUCUUUAUGUAAAACUGCCAGUGGUGGUAUUGAGAAUUAUGGUGACCCUGAUCAGGUGAGAAAUUGCAAAUUAGUUGGUUUACCAGAUUUAUUGAUAUCAAAAGAUUAUGUUUUAAAUAAAAUUCUUGAUUACAUGAAUACUUUAAUCAAUAUUGGUGUUGCUGGUUUUCGAAUUGAUGCUGCUAAACAUAUGUGGCCAAAUGAUUUAAAUAAAUUGAUUGGCAAAUUAAAUAAUUUACCAUCAAAAACAUUCGGAGACAAUAAACGACCAUUUAUUUAUUUUGAAGUUAUCGAUCUUGGUGGUGAAACAAUUAAGAAUACAGAUUAUACAUGGAUGGCUCGUGUAUCAGAAUUUCGUUAUGGUAAAUUUUUAAGUGAAGUUGUACAAAAGAAAUAUGGACAAAAACUUAAAUAUUUAAAUAACUUCGGAACUGGUUGGGGAAUGAUUCCUGAUGGUGAUGCACAAAUUAUGGUUGAUAAUCAUGAUAAUCAACGUGGACAUGGUGGUGGUGGUGAUAUUUUAACAUUCUUUGACAGUCGUGGCUACAAAAUCGCUACCGCAUUUAUGCUUGCUUGGAAUUAUGGAUACCCUGUAAUCAUGUCAAGUUAUAAUUUUGAUCGUAAUAAUGAUGCUCAAGGUCCACCAUCAGACAGUAACGGUAAUACAAAUAGUGUCCCCAUCAAUGCUGAUCUUUCAUGUGGUGGCGGAUGGGUUUGUGAACAUCGUUGGCGUCAAAUUUACGGUAUGGUUCGUUUUCGUAAUACAGCUUCAGGUCAACCAGUUGCAAAUUGGUGGGAUAAUGGUAACAAUCAAAUUGCUUUCUCACGUGGUAACAGAGCAUUUAUUGUUAUUAAUAAUGAUGAUUCUGGUCUUAAUCAAUGGUUUCAAACUGGUUUACCCCAAGGUCAAUAUUGUGAUGUUAUUUCCGGUAAUGUUGAAAAUGGUCGUUGCACAGGUAAAACAGUAACAGUUGAAGCUGAUGGACGUGCACCAAUAUCAAUUUCAAAUACUGAAGCUGAUCCAAUGGUUGCUAUUCAUGUUAAUGCUAAACUUUAA